UCAGGGUUGGGCGCCAUUUUGCGCGGCGGCUGAGUGGAGGCGCUGAUUGGGUUUCGGGGGCCGGUGGCGGAGCCAAUCAGAGCGGGACCCGAACCGGGGGAGCGAGGCACGAUAUCCAGACUGAGGUGCAUUGGGCAUAAGAUUGGAACUGAGACACUAUGGAGCAGUACACUGCAAACAGCAACAGUUCCACAGAACAGAUUGUUGUGCAGGCUGGACAGAUUCAGCAGCAGCAGCAGGGUGGUGUCACUGCUGUCCAGUUGCAGACAGAGGCCCAGGUGGCAACCGCCUCAGGCCAGCAAGUCCAGACCCUCCAGGUAGUCCAGGGUCAGCCAUUAAUGGUACAAGUAAGCGGAGGUCAGCUAAUCACAUCAACUGGCCAGCCGAUCAUGGUGCAAGCUGUGCCUGGGGGUCAGGGUCAGACCAUCAUGCAAGUCCCAGUUUCUGGUUCGCAAGGAUUGCAGCAGAUUCAGUUGGUCCAGCCAGGCCAGAUUCAGAUUCAAGGUGGGCAGGCUGUGCAGGUACAGGGUCAACAGGGUCAAACCCAGCAGAUCAUUAUUCAGCAGCCACAGACUGCAGUUACCGCUGGCCAGACACAGACCCAGCAGCAGAUAGCAGUUCAAGGGCAGCAGGUGGCACAGACAGCAGAAGGUCAGACCAUUGUCUAUCAGCCUGUUAAUGCUGAUGGAACCAUUCUUCAACAAGUUACAGUCCCUGUUACAGGCAUGAUCACCAUCCCAGCAGCCAGUUUGGCAGGAGCACAAAUUGUCCAGGCGGGAGCCAACACCAAUACAACUAGCAGUGGGCAAGGGACUGUAACUGUGACGCUACCAGUUGCUGGAAAUGUGGUCAAUUCAGGUGGAAUGGUUAUGAUGGUACCAGGGGCUGGAUCAGUACCAGCUAUUCAGAGGAUUCCAUUGCCAGGGGCAGAGAUGCUUGAAGAGGAGCCCCUCUAUGUAAAUGCCAAGCAGUACCACCGAAUCCUGAAGAGGAGGCAGGCACGAGCCAAGCUGGAAGCUGAGGGGAAAAUCCCCAAAGAGAGGAGAAAAUACUUACAUGAGUCUAGACAUCGUCAUGCCAUGGCUAGGAAACGGGGAGAAGGUGGACGUUUUUUCUCACCGAAGGAAAAAGAUAUGCAGGAUCCAACUCAGGCAAAUGAAGAAGCAAUGACACAGAUGAUCAGAGUAUCCUAACCACUGUCUGAAGGAAAAAGUAACUGAACAAGUUUCCUGUCCCUCUGCAAGCGUGUCCUAUCUUACCAGUGUAUCAAGCAAACCUUCCAGUGAGACAAUGGACAAUCACCAUAUCUUAGCCUACCCUUUUCUAUACAACAAAAACCACCUUUCCAGUAAGUGGUUUGUUUGAGAUUUUAACUGCAGUGGACUCAGCAAAUAGAAAUUGUAGGGACCUUCUCGGUAUAUCCGUGUAAUUCAGUGCAGGGGUUUGAAAGUCUGAGAGCUCAUGCCUUUUACAUUUCUUGAAUUAAGGUUGGCCAACUGACACAGUGAUUAGCAAUAACUCUGGCAUGCUGAAGCAGGGCUAACUGAGACCAUAGAGAGCCAUGGCCCUUCUACAGAGGAGUAAUCCAGUUUGUAGCAACUAGAACUACCAUGGCUACACCACAGUGCUUUGAUUUCCCAGUGGAGUUUUGUUGUUUAUAGGCACUCCUCACAGCUUUGGACUUCAUUUAUUGACAGCUGAACUGUUCACGUGUAGUUGCA